AUGCAUUCCCUCACUGCAGAUCAGGUGGCCUUCUACCACAAAAAUGGCUAUCUUCUUUUAAGGUUAAAUGAGCAUCAGCUUGUCGAUCCGACGGCCUUGAAGCAGUGGACCGAGGAAAUCAAAGCCUGGCCUCGCGACAAGGGGAAAUGGAUGCCAUACGACGAAAUCAACAUGAAUGGCGAGCGCCAGCUCAUGCGUACCGAGCGCUUCAUUGACUUCCACCCGCAGUACAAGGAGCUCAUCUGUGGCGAGAAGCUAGGCGAAAUCCUCAAGGCCGUCUCCGGCGAUGAGAUGCUUCUGUUCAAAGAUAAAAUCAACUACAAACAGCCAUUUGGUAAUGGCUUCCAAGCACACCUUGAUGCACCCGCCUACGACCACAUCGGCCGCAUCGAGCACGUAACCGCCAAUAUCGCCAUUGACGCCGCAACGCUUGAAAAUGGGUGUCUGGAGGUAGUCCCUGGAUCGCACAAGAUGGAUGUAGAGUUCGAAGACAGCGGUCGGAUCAAGCAUUCAUGGGAAGCUGCCCAUGAGUGGAUCACUAUUCCCUUGGACCCUGGUGACAUGAUCAUCUUCGGCUCGCAUCUUGCUCAUCGCUCAGCGGAGAACAAGACGCAAAAAAGUCGAUCGAGUCUGUAUGCCACUUUCCACUCAAAGAGCGAUGGGCUUGAUUUGCGAGAGAAGUACUAUAAGCACCGGAUGGAGAAUUUCCCACCUGAGCAUGAGCGUGAGAAAGGGAAGGAUUACUCGGCUGGUUAUCGGACUUAUGGCUUCGCCGCCCCAUUCACUCGUGCUGCGGUUUCUGCGGUUCCUGAUGUUCCUGCUGUGUCUCAAUAG